ACGAAGGACAUAGGCAUCCGCCUAGUGUUAAUAUGGAUACGCAAACGACGGCAUCGCCUGCGGAAGAAGGACCAGCAGUUGGAGGAGAGUUGGCAGGAUUUGAUUUUAAUCUUCCAGGCGAUUUCAACGGCUUUGAUUUCCACGCCUACUCUACACCAAAUGUCUCGGCCUAUCCAGACAACUUGGGAAACUUGCAACCUAUCCAGCCCUCUCCGGCAUUCCCAUCUACCGGGUCACCACAGACCCCUUACACCCCAUCAGUUUCGCAAACCGGGGAAAAGCGAAAGUCUGUCGAUGAUCCUGCUGCUCCACCCCGCCGCCAGCUAUCCUUUGAGGAUCAGUCGCGCUUUGCUGCGGAAGAGGACAAGCGCAGGCGGAACACGGCUGCCAGCGCCAGGUUCCGCAUCAAAAAGAAGGCUCGCGAGCAAGCACUCGAGAAGCGCGAGAAGGAGUUAAGCGACAAAGUUGGUAGCCUCGAAGGCCGAAUUCAGACUCUUGAGACCGAGAACAAAUGGUUAAGGGAACUUGUAAUGGAGAAGACGGGCGGAAACGACACGCUCAUCUCGUCCUUAUUAGAAAAGCGUAACGAAAAGAAAGCACCUAACGCCAAGGAGUCGGAAAGUAAUGCAAAGGUGGAAGCUGAGAAGGCUUCAUAACGAUUAAAUCUCGCCAUGAAACAUUGACGAUGGCGUUAUUGGGGGGGAAGCAUAUAAGGUGGCACGUCGCGGUUGGGCGAUUGCUUUUUGGGUUAUAUCACGUCUAUUUUCAGGAUCUUUUUCUUGGGGGCCUUCGUGCCUAAUUUACAAUAUAUGGGCUAUGCCCUAACUGCCAUUUAUUGGCAUAUGUUAAAUCUAACUAUCAGUCGCCGUUAUUGUGAAGCAAUUUGCAUGAAUAUGUUGGGUAUUUAUUCAUAACUAUCUAUCGAUGGUGUCCUCUUCCCCUUGGACACACUGGUGGGUGCAACCGUUUGAGACUGUUUGUCCAUCAGCUUGAGGGCACGUCUCCAGACAGGUAUGUACGCCCUCUGGUGGUAUCUCGGGAUCAACGGUUUGUAUUAUUUUGGAACUAUUCCGUCCUGGGUAUGAGUAUACAAUAGUUCCGGCAGAUCCGCUACCAAAGCUUUGUCUAGUUUUCAAACAACGACUUACCGCCAGUUAUCACUAAUAGUGUAUGCGCCACGCCAGCAGCUAUCUACGAAUUGAUGUUUGUACUACAUACUCAUGGCGGG